UUUGCGUCAAUACUAUACGCACAGGGUACCCCUUUAGCGUUAUUUUUUGACGUCCUGGGUUUCCCAAUGACUUCUAUAGGAACGCCUGCGGCGUUGACAUUUGACGUGAUAAGCACGGGUAAAAUGAGAAUAAAAAUAGGAAUAAAAUAAGCAUAAAAAUAAAGAAUUUGCUACAAUAAAUUAGUUAUGGCAGGGAUUGUCAUACUGUUUUUAAUGUGCUGCGAUUAUGUUUGGUUAUUCAAUGAUUAAUCAUUGCAAACGCAAUGAUUUGUUUGUUUAUUUAUUUAUUGGUUGGUUGGUUGGUUUAUUAUUAUUUUGUUUUAAUAAAUCGUUAUUUUCCGCCGUGCGUGUAGUCCAAUGGACUUCAUUGGAGCCCUUUGCGUCAUUACUAUACGCACAGGGUACUCCUUUAGCGUUAUUUUUCGACGUGCAGGGUAGUCCAAUGGAUUUCAGUGGGUCGUUAAACCCGAACCUGCAGCGUAGUAACGUAACGUUGUGGGGCGAGACUAAAGACCGAUUUGUUGGUACAAAUAAAAAUGUGUAACAAUAAAUGUUAUUGCCAGGGGUCAGGGCUAGGCAAUAAGUAAAUCCCUUUUGAUUUUUGACAGAGCACUUUGUAAAAGUGCGCCAGUAUAGCUAGCGAAUGAUAACAUUUAGCGGUGAGUUUAACAACGGAUUGCAGCAGGAGAGAAAGCAUUCGAUGGUUAGUUAACGCUAAAUUGCAAACUGAAAAGUAAUUUGAGUAAAUUAACAGUAAAAAUCAAUGCACGUGGUCGAUGUAGAAUUUAUGUUUUUUUGUUCAUACAGGUAAUAUAAACGGUUUUGCUAAACAUCGUUCGGUGAGGAAAUGCGUUGAUGAGAAAUGCAUGUUGGGUAAUGUAGUUCUUCGAAAACUAGCUGUCCCUUAAUAAUAUAUUUUUUUCUCAACCAAUCAGUCAAAACUAUCGAACCAUUCUAAGCUUUACUUUCAAAACGAAAUCCGCCUUUGUCAAGCAGAGAUUUAUAUUUAUGAAUUGAUAAAGUAUUGCUGUAUGUGAGCCUGGUUAAUUGUAGUGAAAGCCAUUUUAUUUAUGGUUAGCUUGAAUAUGUGAUGUGAAUAAAUAGUUGUCUUAAACCGCAUUUUAAAUAAUAACUUCGCUUGAAAAAAGUUAAAGACCCGACCCGGAAACUGUAUUACUUAUGUCACCAAAUAACAAGCGGAUAUCUGACGUCAUCGUACGGGGAUCCCGCGUGUUUCACCUGGUGAGUGGAAGAGCAAUCUAAAUAAAUUAUUGACAGUUUACAGUCACAAAUAUUUGAAUCGUGCAAACUAAUUGUAUUAAAACAUUUUAGAAUGUCAAUAUACGAUCGAUAUUAAAAAUUGACAUAGUUUGCUGCACCAAUAAGUUAACACACUUAGCUACAAUUAGCUAAUUACGGUUUUUAUCAGACAUAUUCAUGCAGAAACUUAUACAUUCAUAGGAGAAUGUAUGAUUUGCAGUAGUAUUUAUGCUAACAUCUUACACUAGCUCAGAUCAAUUGGAAUUUUUAUCAAAAUUAUGUCCCAGUAACUGUUCGGGACCAAUAAUGUAGUACACAACAUGAAUAGUAUUUUCAAUUUCUCUGUUUUGCUUAAAAAAAUGAACACUGAUGUUAUGUGUAAGUUAUUCAAUUUUGUUAAAAUUGUUUUGCUCUUAACAGGUCCUUCUAAUUUGUUCCUACGGCGUUUAAGUCAUCUUUUACAGCACACCAAAGGCACUUUUAAGAGCCACGUUUGUUUUGUUAAUCUCUCUCUGCUGCUCUCUUCUCUAUUCUCUGUUUCAAACUGUGUUUGACUUUGUCUGUCUAUCUUUCUGCUUCUUUAAAAUAAUCAUCUCCAUUCCUGCGAACUUCAUCUGGUAAGUAGGGGUGAUGUAAUUAAUACCAUGCAAUUGACAUUUAAAAUGUUGCAAGAUUUAUUGAAUUGCUAGAUAAUGCUUUUCAUCUGUGUAAAUUCACUUAAUAGAUCUAUUAAAUGGACAAAUAUUAUCAUUGUUUUUUUUUUCAGUAUGUCUUGUCAUGACAAGGCCCAAAUUCAGGCCCUGCCCAUCCUGUCAGGCUUCCAAUCAGGUAAGCAGAAAAACCUGCCAUGCCUGUUUUGGAAGCCUGUCCACAAAAAAGAAAUUAAAAGAAAAAAUUAUGACGUUGGAUGACCAGUGGGCGCAAGCUGUUCUUAAUAGCAGAAAUUUGAGUCGCAUAAUAGACUCUGCUUGCAUUGCCGUGCGGAAACUAGCAACUUUAGGAUGCAAUCCUAUUUUGUUUAUUGGUCGAAAGGAGAAAAGAAAAGAAAAGAAAUGGGUAGCCGACAUUAUUACCCAUCUGCCCCCCACUCCUGUAACUCGGAAUUUAUUGGAAAAGAUGCAAAGAGCAUAUGAAUUUAUUUUAACAAAGACAGAGCAGCGUCCUGAGAGCCUCGCCCGGGAGCGUCCCGAGAGCCAAGUCCAGGAACGUCCCGAGAGCCUCGCCCAGGAACGUCCCGAGAGCCUCGCCCAGGAACGUCCCGAGAGCCUCGCCCAGGAACGUCCCGAGAGCCUCGCCCAGGAACGUCCCGAGAGCCUCGCCCAGGAACGUCCCGAGAGCCUCGCCCAGGAACGUCCCGAGAGCCUCGCCCAGGAACGUCCCGAGAGCCUCGCCCAGGAACGUCCCGAGAGCCUCGUCCAGGAACGUCCCGAGAGCCUCGCCCAGGAACGUCCCGAGAGCCUCGCCCAAGAACGUCCCGAGAGCCGCGUCCAGGAACGUCCCGAGAGCCACGUCCAGGAACGUCCCGAAAGCCAAGUCCAGUUACGUCCCGAAAGCCAAGUCCAGGAGUGCCCCGAGAGCCUCGCCCAGGAACGUCCCGAGAGCCUCGCCCAAGAACGUCCCGAAAGCCAAGUCCAGGAGCGCCCCGAGAGCCUUGUCCCAGAACGCCCAGAGGAGGAGUCUGAAACUUUGUUUAUCCUUAAUCUUGUUCCUGUGUCAUCCCCACUUUCUUCCACUUCUCUCUUUCCUCCUUUUAAACCUUCACACACAUCUUCACCUCCACUUCCAUGCUAUCAGUCUUCACCACAGAGAAAAAGGAAAAACAUCUCUACAUCCUCUUAUCCACCCAGUUCCAUUCCCCAUCGAAAAAAAAAAAAGAAUGCAGUUAGACUCAUCCAGGAGCACCCCGAGAGCCUUGCCAAUGAGAGCCCAGAGAGCCGCGCCCAGGAGCAUCCUGAAAGCCUUGCCCUGAAGCACCCUGAAAGUUUUGCCCAGAAGCGUCCCGAGAGCCUCGUCCAGGAGCAUCCUGAGAGCCUUGCCCAGAAGCACUCUGAAAGUUUUGUCCAGAAGCGUCCCGAGAGCCUCGAUCAGGAGCAUCCUGAGAGCCUUGCCCAUGAGUGCCCACAGAGUCUUGCCCAGAAGCACCCUAAAAGCCUUGCCCAGAAGCACCCUGAAAGCCUCGCCCAGGAGCACCCAGAUAGACAGAGAAAAAGGAGGAUCAAAAAUUCUUCACCUCCUUCCUCUUCCUUCCCCUAUCGAAAGAAUAAAAAGGGUUGUCAAAAAUGCAGCCGACAGAAGGUUUUUUUGUUUGACCGAAUAACUGGGGAACGAAUAAAUGAGGGGAAGGCUGAACUGAAAAUACACUGGUUGCCUUGCUCUUCGUGUGGCAAAUCCUGGGAUGACACAUGGGAGCCUGCCAGAGAAUUCAAACACUACAUGCUUGAUGCCUGAGACCCUUCAUACCAGUUUUCAGCACGAUAGCUUAGUUGGUUAGUCAUCAUAACUGGACUCCUCAAACUUCAAACCUUUUUUUUCUUGCAAGUUAAAUAAUAAACUAUGUGAUUAUAUGAUAAUAUACGAAAUCAUUGUACUAAUGUAAUGUAUAGUAAUAAAAAUGAGUAAAAAAAUGUGUGCUUUCAUAAUGCUUGUACAAUAUGUAUUAUUUCAACUUUCCUCUGCUAAUUUCAUAACCAAUUAUCAUGUUUUAUGUGAAUAGAUAAGCAACUGAGUAUGUCAGAGUGGUAUAUCUAAUGCCAAAAUACUGCAGAAUUAUUAUGAAUUGGUCCUUAAAUUUAAUAGUUAAGCACCUUAUUGUUUUGAUUAAGAUUCUUAGUUAGA